AUGGAAGUAGCCGCCAUGGCAACGGGUGCCGGUUCGUCGUCGGCGGCGUCUCGGGCACCAUUCCAGCGUGAGGUGCGCGAGUGGCAACAUGUCGAUCCAAAUACGGGUGCCCUGCUGACGGGCCGGCUAGAAGCGGACCGUUGGGUAAAUGGACCACUCAACAGCUACGGCAAGAUGGUAUCACAGAACCUGUCCACACCGGACGGUACGCAGCACACGCAGCGGAAACAAAUGGAGAUCCUACAAGCCCGCACGUCCGCCGGCUCGCUACAGGUUGUCCGUGCCCAAACCGUCCAAACGACCUCUUCCCGCUGGUCCUCUUCUUCCUCGUCCAUGGUGCAAACGGCUACCGAGCAAACGACAACGUCGAACAGUGUUGGCGCCACCGGUAGCAUUAUGGCAGGUUCGCCCUCUUCCUCCCACCACCAGCAGCUCACCACCAAUGGGUUCUCGAGCCAUCAUCUGCUGUCCUCCUUCCAUCGUCCACUGAUGUCGUCGUCGGCUGGUUCUACUAGCAGCAGUAGACUAUUGACUGCAGGAUCUAGUAGAUCCGAUGCACCCCAGACGACAACCCUCUCAUCCGGAUCGGCGUUCGUAAGCUCGAUGAAACCGUUUCCUCGAUUUUCUAGCCCAACGUCCAGCAGCUUCACCGGUCCAUCCAGCCCAGGGCCGCAUAGAUGUGACCGGAUGUAUGCGGUCGGUACGGAAGCGCACGACGAUCGAUCGUCUUACCACCGUCCACAGCAUUCCGUUGCUGUCGAACAGGAAAGCAUUAACGGCGGCAACAUAAUACCGCUGGCUCGCGGCAAGAGCAUCUCGAUCGAGGACCUUUCGACCGAGCGUGACGAGAACAACUUCGAUGACGACGUCGAACCCACGCAGUGGAAGCGAGUAAGCAAAAUACGGCGAUCAUUACAGUUCCCAAGGAAAACUACCCCGAGAACCAACACUCGUCCAAUCGAUCUUCCCGAAAACUCCGUCAGCGUUUCGCGCAUCUGUCAGGAGCUGGAAAACGGUCGCCGUCUUAACACGGCCAUGCGCAACAAUCACAUCGACUUUGUGGCGCUGGACAACAUUCUCAAAAGUGUGACAGAUCCACCCUGCACCAACACCACCAUAACACCGCCCAGCAAACCGACGGAAUCCUCCUCCAGCAAGUCGUCACCGCCGAAAGCAUCCUUCCUGACGGCGGAAUCAUUGCGUGAAAUUCGUGGCCGACUACGACGACUUAGCAACGAGUCACUGUACCGUGACGAUAUGAGCCCGGCGGAUGAUGCCUCACAGCCUUCGAACGAUCAGCGCGGUAGUGAUGAAAGUGGUGGAGUGACGAUCACUGAGGUAGAGACACGCCUUGGACAGCUGGAAACGAGCAGCUCGUCCGAUUCCAACUACCGAAGCAAUAGUCUUCAGUCGAACAAGAAACCAGCUCCGGACACGACCGUGCUUGCACCGGACGAUUGGCAUUCACGCCGCAAAUCAUACGGGUUCGAGCGAAUGAGUCAACAGCCACUCGGGAGUGGAUUUGCGAUGGCAAAGAUGGAUUCGUCGACGGAUAGCGGGAUAGGGAGGUCGUCAGAUCUGAGUUCUAGCUGGUCGAGUGCAGCUACCGAAAGUAGCGGCCAGGGAGCAAACUCCUAUCAUCAGCGAGCGACGAUCGUUACCCUCGGCGAAAGAUCCCAGCUGAAGGAGAAGCAGUCGACGAACCCUGCAAUGGUGAUUAAAAUCACAAGUAAACCGUCGGACAAUGUAAUCGACACAUCGGAACCGGAAGAGGAACCGAAACGGCACUCUAUUGCGGUGGAUGAGACAAGUUACGUGCGGGACAGUUUGCGCACUAUGUUCGAACGCAAAUCGUCGGUUAACGUUAACGGGUUCAGCCAUACCUUCAUCGAUGAUUUGAGCCGCAACAAGAAGCGGGUGGAGUUCUGCAAAACGGAGGUCCACUUUACGGCCGACUCCGGACGGGUGAACAUAGUCGAGACGGAUGAAAAGCCACCGCCAACGAACAACUUCCGUCGUCGCCGACGAUCCUCUGGAGGUGCGUCUCCCGGAAGUUCGUCGUACUUGGUGUCAAAUCUCGAGGGCGAUUCCGAAGGUGUAAAUGCAACGGACGAAUCGAAGCUAUCUCCUGAGGGAGCCGCAGCUGAGCAAGAAUUUGCUCCGGUUGUUACAACCACUAUCGGGAUUAGUCGUCCGGUACCGGAACCAACACCGAGAAAGUAUGUCCCAGCGUCCAUUACUGCCAGCUCUGGUGGUGUGACCGUGUCGGAUGAAAGUGAUGGUCACUCGACGGAUGAGAUAUCUUUGCGCAGUAUUUUGAAAAACAAACCGAUCAAACCGAAACCGUACGUGUUGGGAGAGAAUCUCGACAGCAAUGAAGCAUUGUGGGGUGUGAAGCUGCGGCCAGUCGGAACGGCGGCAGUAGAGCCGAGCGCAAGGCUAAGCGUUGAGUUGGGAAACGAACCGAAAAGUGUAUCACCGAUCGCUAUCGGGAGCUACUCGACGAAGAUCAACCUGACGCAGCAGCCUGUUACGACGGUUACGGGAAGUUCCUGGAAUGGUAGCACGAAUUCUGCAGUAGUGGACAAAGCGAUCCUUCACAGUACUGAGCCAGCGGCAUCAAAAUCGACCACAAAAAUUCUGAUCGACAUGACGUCGGCGGGUGAUGAGAAAGCUGCUACUCCAACGACAUCCGGUGCCGGCGGGGACGAGCUUAAGUCGACCUCACUUAUCAUGCGUACGAUGCGUGCUGCAACGAAGCUGGAUGAAGCGUUAAAAAGUCUGCAGACGCUCAGGAGGGAUUCGCUCGGCGAGCACGGAACAUCGCCGUUGUAUCAACGAAAUCUUGGUGUGUCCAGUCCAAAAGCGCGUAGACAUUCAGCUUUUUGUCAGCUCAAUGGAGGCAACAUCGUCAGUGGAAACAACAGUAGUAGCAGCACGAUCAGCAGUCAACAGUCGAUCGCAAAAUCUAGCAGUGCGAGCAGUAUCUACUCGGAUUAUCCUAAGCUGAAGGCGACCAAGUACGCGUCCUCACUUGAUGGAGAUUCGUUGGAGCGAGAACCAACGUCGUACGGUGUGGCUCGAUACUCCUCCAUCAUGCCGUCGACUACCGCCGCAAAACGCAUCCUUACAAGCGAAUCUCGCCUAUCCGACUUUGAAGCGUACAUCAGCAAAAACACAGCGGUACGCCGUUCGAGUACAGUGGAUGAUGUGGAUCGAUUGAGCAGUAAACCGAUCGCCGCCCCACGUUUGAAGAAGCUCGGCUCAACCGUACUUAGUCAGCAGUUGUCACAAUUGAGACGGUUGUACGAUGCCGCCGAAAUGUACGACAGCGAUAGCGACAGUGCAAAAGCAGACGAGGAGGUUAAGCUGUACCUAGGUAAUCUGGCCGAUGCAUCCUCGUCGACGUCUUCUUUUGGGCAGGCAGCUACCGAGCUGUCUGGUAGCUGGAGCCGUAUAAAGGCUAAACGAAACAUACAGAAAUUCAACAGUGCUAGCAGUACUAGCAGCAGCUUGACCACUGCUGCUGCGAAACGCGUCGACGUGAAGGAUGCGACCUUCUCUGUAAACUCGUCUGCAGAAUUUGAUAUCGUAAAGCCUUCGGCCCUGGUCAGCCGUCAGCCGAACAAACCAUCUGCUGUGAUGUCGAUUGAGUUGAAGAGUCCAACGCCCGUCAAAAAGUUGCCUCCUUCCCACACGUCUAGUCCAGAUACGUCAACAUCGAAAAUAACGGCAACGACAUUAAAUGACGAAUCGGCGACCGAUAGCCAGCAGCAAUCACCGAAAUUUCGCAGAUACAUUCCGACCACGGCCACCACGCCCGGUGCCGUGCGUAACGAGGAACGAGCCUCGCUCCGGCUGUCAUCCGGUGCGCGGCAAUUGCGCGAGAAUGAACUGUCAUUUUUUGGCGUCAAUCCGAACAGCAAGCAGCAACAGCCGUCCUCUGGGGGAUCGGGCAAACCGCCAACGAACAUGACGACCGCCCCGAGCUCACCCUUUCAACGAUCAGCCACUCUAACUUCUUCCUUUAUAAGACGCUCGGGUACGACCACUACUUCCGGAGAGGGUUCUUCCACCUCCAAAUCAUCCAUCUGGCAGCUUACGAACGAUAAACCGGAUCUACUGCGCCACAGUCAGCUGGAACCGGCUGAAACAAAGACACAAGCAAUUCCAGCACCGCGUCCAGCUGUUAUUAGAGCCGGUGCAGGUUCAGCAUCUAGCACUAGCAACAGUGUAAGCGUGACCAGCAGCAGUAGCAGUGUAACGACUUCUACACUCUCGUCGGCAGACGGUGGAAGUCCACAUUAUGAAAAUUUGUCAAACUUUGUCAAACCGAAGGCAGCACAGCGUUCGCUGGGUGCUUCACCUGCCGUAGCUGAGGCUGUGCUGGAGAGUGAGAAAAACACAUCGCAUGCUGCAUACGACCGGAAGAAGGAUUUGGAGCGUGAUGAGCGUAUACUGGAGGAGCUAACACGUGCAGCGGAUGAAAUAAUGAAUGUUGUCAACAACAUGUCAAACGGAGAGAGCAUGGAGAGUAUUCUGAACGAGCUGAACGACGGUGAAGGACACCGACGGCGACUUUCGAACGGCGGCUGCACACUCGGAACCAUCCGUGAGUGUUCGACUACGAAUAAGAUCAUGAAAUCGCGUGGCGUACAGGUGUCCAAGAACAUUGACGAUAGUCUCAAACGUCAUCACCAACGUCAAUCAAGAUUGUCAUCCGCUUCAUCGAAUGAAAGCAUUGGCCAGCGGGCGGAAGGAAACUUCACGCGCAGUAUCUCACUGAGAGGCCCAUCGAGCGGUUCGGCAAUUGCCGGUGACAGCAUAUCAAGUCGAUCGGGAUCAAGCCGGCGUAGCCGUGCUCCUAUGGCAACCGAAACGCGUCGUCUUGUGAGAAUGGCCAGCAAAGAGAAGCUGCAGUCGAAUGCCAGCUCAUCGGAGGAUCUUCCUAAUAGUAGCGUCGUGGAACCACCGCGCAGACCCCGCAGAACACGAUACACCUCGAAGGAUUCGAAGGAACAGCAGCAAACCGAACGGAUGAGCUCUAUCAGCAAUGGUCAUAGCACUAGGACGGAGCAACGCACUCUGGCAUCUUCUUCGCGGUCUCAUCGUAGCGAGCGUUCGAGCGGAUCUGUUCGAACCACCAGUUCCAGACAGGGACACAGUGCUACCUCCAAUGGACACAGCCAGGUGGCUACCAACCUACAUCAUCAUCCGCUCCAUGCCGCUUCCUGCCCAUCAUCCCGCAGCUUGAAGCAGUCUCACCCUCAGCUGGCCACCGCCACCACCACCACAACGUACGUAUUGCAAUCGUUCAUGAUGGUACCGCCACCACGGCGCAAGCGACGCCAGCAACACCAGCAACACCCAACGAAGGUGGCCAAGGUGGUUGUGCGACGGCAUUCGUCGCGGAUAUCGCGCCAUUCGCGGGAACCGGUCCGCAAACGGCACCGUCGCCGGCUUGAACAAUGCAUUUGUUCCUAA